AUGGGAUCUCAAGUUGAACCACUCGCUGUACUGGUAUCCACCCGGGCAGUACUCACCCUCGAAGACGACAGUCUAAUCCUCUCCCCAGCAACCAUUACCAUCUCCCCGACCUCUGGCAAGAUCAUAGCCAUCGUCCCAACAAUACUACCAGCAAGCUCUUUUCCGUCUUCGGUAGCAUAUAUUGACCAGUCCCCAAAACUUUUACUGCCUGGGUUAGUCGACGCUCAUGUUCAUCUCAAUGAGCCCGGCAGGACAGAAUGGGAGGGGUUCAAUACGGGCACGCGAGCUGCCGCAUCUGGUGGUGUCACCACUGUCAUUGACAUGCCCCUGAACGCUAUCCCACCCACCACGACCGUCGCAAACUUUCAAGAGAAGCUCAGGGCAAGCAUAGGACAGUGCUGGGUCGACGUGGGCUUUUACGGCGGUGUGAUCCCAGGCAACUCACAAGACCUCCUUCCUCUGGUGGACGCUGGCGUCCGUGGGUUCAAGGGUUUCCUGAUCGACUCUGGAGUCGACGAGUUCCCAGCCGUGUCAUCAAAGGACAUUGCCCUGGCGAUGAAGGCGCUCAAGGAUGCGCCGACGACGCUCAUGUUCCACGCAGAAAUGAUUCCACCCAUCGCAGACAGCGUCGGCGACUCGGUCCAAUCGUCAGAGCCACCGCUUGCACCCAAGGGCGAGCUGACCUCGUACAGCACGUUCCUCGAAUCGCGCCCGCCCGUGUUUGAGACGUGCGCCGUGAGCGAGAUCCUGAGCAUGACGGACCUUGCGCCCGACCUGCACUUGCACAUUGUGCACCUGUCGGCGACCGAGUGCAUACCUCUACUGCGCGAGGCGCGCAGAAAGGGCGUCAACGUCACGGCCGAGACGUGCUUCCACUACCUGGGUCUGGCGUCGGACGACAUCGAGGACGGCGACACGCGCCACAAGUGCUGCCCCCCUAUCCGCAGCAAGACCAACCAGGACGGCCUGUGGAGCGAGCUGGUGCGGGCCGCCGAGCACGACGGCGUCAUCAAGACCGUCGUCAGCGACCACUCACCUUGCACACCCGAGCUCAAGCUCCUUCCCAACCACCUCGCGCCGCCACCCGCGAGACCGCCAUUCCCGCAUCACUCGGAUUCGGGCAUCGACGUGUCGUUCAGCCCGACCGAGAAGAGCAAAAAGCUAGAGGCGAGGAGCGUCGUCGGCGGCGGCGGCGGUGGCAGCGACGCGCCGGUGCACACGGCCCAAGGCGACUUCUUCGCGGCGUGGGGAGGAAUCUCGUCGGUGGGGCUGGGGCUCCCGAUCCUGCACACCAUGGCGACGCGGCGGGCGCGGCAGGGCCUCGAGGCGCCGACCAUCGUCGAUAUGGUCCGGCUGACGAGCCAGGCCACGGCCAAGCAGGUGGGACUGGCGCACCGCAAGGGCGGGCUCAGGGUCGGCAUGGACGCCGACGUGUGCGUGUUUGACGACGCGGCCGAGUGGGCCCUGCGCAGCGGCGACAUGAGGUGGAAGAACAAGUGCUCACCCUGGGAAGGGCACGAGUUCAAGGGCAGGGUCCUGGAGACCUGGGUCAGGGGUCACAAGGUGUUUGAGUACGGUGGCAAGAACGGCAGCUUCGUCGGGGGCGAACCGGUCGGAGAGGCCAUUGUUGAGAAGAGGACUGCAUAA